AUGAGGGAAGCAUCUCUUUUUGAGAUUGUUUCUCUUGCAUCAUUAAGAAGCACAAUUCUGUUACCACUUCUGUGUUGUUUGAUACUCACUAAGCGGUUCUCCCUCUUCUCUUUCUCUUUCUGUGUGUCUCUCUCAACCCCAGCUUUCAACAAUUGCCCUCCUCCCCUAGACUGUGCCAAUGAGGGGCGAGAAUUCUGCAAGUUUGGCUCCAACCACUGUGGCCCCUGUCUCCCUUCAUUGGUGGAGAGUGAUGAAGGCAUCUGCAAGGAAAAAAGGAGGCGUCACAAGCAAGGCAAAAUGUCAUUGCCUUACCUGGAUGAAGAGAUCGAUUAUCUUCACUCCAUCAUUGAGAAGCAGGAAAUCUCUGAGCUCAAGCCCCAAAAACAGCAAAACAAACAUCCUGCUGCUGUCGUCUCGCAGACGAAUGCUAAAAAAAGCAAAACAGAUGCCUCCAAACAUAAACAGAGAAGCCAGGGUAAUCUCCCAAACAAAACCCUGCAGACAACCACCUCAGCCCCCCCACUUCCAGUUUCUGAGCUCGCCACACAGACCCCUGAGCCUGGGGCCACUGCAGCCGAUGGACGAGCUGGUCCUGUAGCCGUGCAAAGACCACAGAACAACAGCAAUUUUAUCAUCCUGACCUCGUUGUUUGCAUCGGUGGGCGCUAUAGCAUUGGUCAUGGCAGCCGUCUGUUAUGUCAAGGUAAAGAAAGAAUCGCGUCUGGCUCAGAAGGUCGACUACCCAGCUUUCAAAGGGGGGGCAGGCCCGCCUGCUGCCACGGCCAACGGUGCCUCGAUGGGAGAUAAGACUUUGGCCCAGAGCGCUCAGAUGUAUCACUACCAGCAUCAGAAACAGCAGAUGCUCUCAGUGGGAAAUCACAAACCUGAACAGAAAACCGUUGACACUGAGGUCACAUCCGAUGAGGAAGAAGUGGGAGGGGACUUUACUGUAUACGAGUGCCCUGGGCUUGCACCGACGGGAGAGAUGGAAGUGAAAAACCCUCUGUUUGAUGACUCCACUUUACAUUACCAGGAGAAUCCGAAGUGAAUGAUAGACAUUUUACACACACACACACACACACACACACACACACACACACACUCACACUCAUAAAGACAUACAAUCCAUUAAUCUGGAAGAAACCACUUGAUAUCACACUGCAUGAAUAGAAAUGGAGAAUACUGACAGAGGAUGAGGGGAUAGAGAUGAUUUUUUUUUUUCUUCGCCCUUUACGGUAUCUACCCUGGUAAUGCUUUUAAUAUGACAAAAAGAAACAUGUUGGGUUCCUUCUUAAUUUAUUUUCAUUCUUUUUUUUGGAACAUUCCUUUCUAUCAACGUGAGGUUUUAAGGGUCUCUUAGAAAGGGCGCUGUAGGUGUUUUGUCCUGUAAAUUCUACAUGACGUUUUUCCCAUCUUUGUUGUUUUCCUUCAUUUUCUGCAGCUACUUCCAAAGAAUGUGAUAGUAGACACACACACACACACACACCUACAUAAGCUGAGAAACAGGUGCCCUCCCUGGUUUUUGUCAUGCAUAGCUCGAGGAUAAACCACAUUCCCAGCAGAUUCCCAGGAAAUAUUUCUAAUCAGGUUUCUGUGGUGCCUCUGAAUAUAUGACACGUGGUUUAGCAUUAAAAAUGUUAUCGCUGGUGUUGCUUAUUUUAUUCCUUGUCCUAUAAACUGCACAUACGAUUUUAAGAUGAAGUAUAUUAAUGUAUAUAUAAAUUUAUGAAAAUGAAGUACUUGAUGAUGUGUGCAUGGUUUGAAUGUACCGUGUUGGGAUCAUGGCGAUGAUUUGAUUAUUACUCUGCCUCCUGUUUGUAUGCGUUGAGACGCUGGAGGAGGCGUGUACACUGAAAGUGACCUCUGAGCACUUGAAUGAAAUAUUGGGGAUGAACUAUAAUGAUGGAUGUGUAGGUGGUAAAUUCAAACUAUCUCUUUCUGUCCCUCUUUCCUCGGUGUCCACAUGUUGCUCUGAAGUUAACCCCUGUGCUGCAAAAUGUACAUACAAAGAGUGAAGUGUUCACUUUUUAUAGAUAUUUGUACAUGCAGACCAAGGAUUGGAAUUAAACUUUUUACCUCAUGUGAAAA